AACGGGAUCCUCUUGCUUCAGCACUUCCAUCUCGCUGAGCUCGCCGUCUCUGCCUCCGCCGCCGCCGCACGCACAUCCGUAGCUGUCGUCGCCGCCGCAUCGCUGGUCCUCGUCACUGUUCUUUGCUAGACCGGCCGGCCCGCUGGUCUCGUCUAGAAACUGAUUUGCAAGCCCUUCCUCCCGCGGUCGGCUUUCGUUAUUGUUUCUAGCCCAGAGCCCUAGUCGGUUCAUCCAGACUCGAAGUCCUUCACCCACAGGCAUUCAGUACAUACUUUUGUACAUUGCGCCUGCUCGACACCCUACCCAACCCGCUCCUACUUGCGUCCUCACUACACCUGUGAUCUAGUAUCAUCAACUUCAUCUUUCACUUGACAUCAUCAUCAUGAGUCUUCGGCCCCCUUCCAGUCCCAGCCCGUCUCCUGGACCAGAGAACGGCAAGCAGCAUGCGCGCCAGUCCCUAGGACCUUCUGCACGUGGCACGCCCAUGGCGCCUGGUUCCCCCCGUUUGGGCGGGACUGGCACCCGGCCUACUAGCGAGCUGGUAGGCUCUGCGGGAAUGUAUCAAACACCAGAAGCCGAGGCCCUCGACCAAUGGUUCGAGAACUUACAAAACUAUGAGGCCACGCUUGAAGAUAUGGCCGCUGCGUCCCUGGACGCCAAUUUUAAGGAGGAACUCAGCGCUAUUGAGCAAUGGUUCAAAGUACUUUCAGAAGCAGAGCGCACAGCCGCUCUUUACAGUCUUCUCCAGCAUUCGACUCAAGUUCAGAUUCGAUUCUUCAUCACCGUGUUGCAGCAGAUGGCGCGCUCGGAUCCCAUGACAGCUUUGCUCAGUCCUGCCGUGGGUGGCUCAAUGCAGGCCCAAAUGGAGGCCAAAUUGGCGAGUCUCAAGUCCCCGGGCCUCAAAUCCGGCUUGCCGCAGUCGCCUACUGCGCGGUCAUUCAACCCGUCGAGCCCUGCCGCGAACCGCCAAUCGCUUAUCGAGACUCCGAACAACUAUCUUUCCCCGGACUCUGCUGUGCUCGGUCAAAGCCAGGAGGCGGCGAACACGCUUGCGCAGCAGCGCGCCAAGCUCAAGGCUGCGAAUGCAGCCCAUCGUAUCUCCGCACCCAUCAUGCCCACGACUAGUGGUAGCAACACAUGGGGUGCUGGCGGCCUGGGUCAGGUCGUCGAGACCACGGCCCGAGCACCGUCGCCGUCCGCUGAAGAAGUGUCGUCACGGCCGAAGAGCACCGAGUUUACUAGCACACGUGCACCGGUUGCUGCGCAGGAAGCGUCGUUGCCGUCCCAUGCCGCGAGCGAGAGUUGGGCCAGCAUGGUGACAACUCCGCUGCCGAUGUUUGCGAAGACUGAGCCGAAGGAACCAUCCGGUCAGGCCGAGUGGCGGACCCCGGGUGGUCCCGCCAUUCCCGGUGUCCCUCGGAUGGGUGACCCCACGAUUCAUCGCCGCGGCGCUCGACAGACACCAGAAUCAAACAAUUUCGAUGACAAUGCAGGCAAUUUCGGAGCACGUGGCAACGGACGCUGGAAUGCCACGAGCCCAUCUUCGAACCGGUUCGGAAGUGACGAUGGCUCGAACCCUGGCGGCGGAAGCAACAACGGACGGAGCAAUAAUGGAAUGGGCCCGCUCGGCAUGGGUGGAUUCGGUAUGGGAAUGGGAAUGAACGGCGCCGGCGCAAUGGGUGGAAUGAAUCCAUUCGGGGUGAACAUGAACAUGCUUGCGAUGGGCAUUUCCCCCGAGACGCAGCUGCUUGCGGCGCAGAUGGCCCAAGCGCAGAUGGCCGCUGCAGCCAGCGGUGGUGCAUUUGGGAUGGGCGGUGCUGGCUGGCUUGGCAUGCAGGGCCAGGGCAUGCAUCCUGGCGGGAUGAACCGGAUGAUGCGGCCUCCCAGUGCUCGUACACCCAAGACCGCCAGUACGAUAGGCAGCUCUAACGGAAUGGGAGGAGGAGCGCUGAAAGGGGAUGAGGACGUUGACCCGGCUUUGCUGACGGAUAUUCCGGCCUGGCUGCGCAGUCUCCGGUUGCACAAGUACACCCCCAACUUCGAAGGCGCGAACUGGAAGGACAUGGUCAUGAUGGACGAGGCUGCGCUCGAGGCCAAGGGCGUCGCUGCGCUGGGGGCGCGGAGAAAGAUGCUGAAGACUUUCGAGAUUGUCCGCAAGAAGAUGGGCAUUGAGGGCGGCCCGCCGAUGAGCGCCGACGCGUAAUCGCGUGGCCAGCCAAAAUUAUAUAUACCCUCUGCUCGCGCAAAUCUGAUUUGCCUCUCGUUACUGUCUCGUAUCUAUUUCACACAUGCCUCCACUCCCUACCUUCUGCUCCUUUUCUUCCUAGUACGAUCACGACCUGACGAAGUUCUCCUCUCGGUUGUAUAUACAUUUGAAUCCUGACUACCUUUUUUUCUGCGACUGCAGUGUGAUGUGGAAAGCAUUGAUCGCUCGUCACACUUGUGACCCGCUCUCCCUUACUUUUUUCUCCGAGAUGGCUAAGGAUACCCUCAUCGACGAACACGUCUCUGCCAAGCAGUGCAAACUGGCUAUCAACGCUCUUCAUUCCAAUGUAUCGAAAUUCGAAGAGAAAAGGAACGAGAAGGACCUCUUACCAGGGAAAGAGCAACAUGUCUGGCUCAAUGUGUCCGUAAAGAAGAUUGCAUCGGCGCAUACAUUCAAGCCCAUGAAAAUACCCAUCGUUCACCCGCUCGUCGAUCCGCGCGUAUCCAGCGUAUGCCUGAUCACGAAAGACCCGCAACGCAAGUACAAGGAUCUACUCGAAGAGAACAACGUCAAGUUCGUGUCGCGGGUCGUGGGCAUCGAGAAGCUCAAGGGCAAAUUCGCCCCGUACGAGGCACGACGCCUACUCUUGAAGGAGAAUGACCUGUUUUUGGCGGACGAGCGCAUUGUCCCGUUGCUUCCAAAGUUACUGGGCAAAAAAUGGUUCGAGGCAAAGAAACAACCUAUUCCCGUCAACAUCACGCGUAAAGACAUCAAGGGCGAGCUAGAACGCGCCAUCUCUUCAACGUAUAUGAACCAAAAUCAGGGGACUUGCUCGUCUAUCAAAAUUGGCAAGAUCUCCCAAACACCCGCGCAGAUCUUCGCCAACCUUGAGGUGGCGCUGCCUGCCAUCGUCGCCCGUAUCAAGGGUGGAUGGGACAACAUCCAGAGCCUGCUGCUCAAAACCAACUCAAGUGCGGGGCUUCCGUUGUGGUCGUGUGAUCUCGGAGACGGGACGAGUGGUCGGUGGAACGGGCUCGUUGCUCAGGAUGAAGACGAGGGAAGCGUUGCAGUGGAGGCGUCAUCUGACGAGAUGGAGGUUGUUGAAGAGCAGAAGGCCAAGGGCAAGGGCAAAGGGAAAAAGCGCGCUGCCGAGGAGGACGAGGGCAACGCAGUAGCACCGCCCAGUGCCAAGAAAAAAAGCAAAGUGACAGCUGGUGUCGCUCAGAUCUCAGCUCCAGUACCAUCACCCAAACCGGAAUCGGUCUCAAAACUCUCUGCCAAGCCAGCGAGCUCGAAACUCUCCGCGCCGCCGACGCCUGAUACACCGAAGGCCACCAAAUCGAAGCCAAAAUCCAAGCCAGAGACCGCCUCUCCGGCUGCGGCCAAGAAGUCUCGAAAGCCGGAAAAGUACUUUGCUGCUCAAACGGUAGAAAUCGCCUCUCUACUACCGGCCAAGGAGGAGCCUACCAAGAUCGCCGAUCCAUCUCGCAAAGUGCAAAAGAAAUCUGCUGACAUCGUGUCCACGACGCCCAAGAAGGAGAAGAAAUCCUCUUCUGUUGAGUCCAAGAAAGAAUCCAAAAAGGAGAAGACAGCGGCAAAGACGACACCGACGGAAGCUCCCCAGCCCAAGUCCGCAUUGAUAUCCAACGACGAACUGAAGGCAAAGCGAGCGGGCAAGCCUGGGGAGAAGAAGAAGGAAAAGGUGGUCUCAUUCAGGGGUGGCAAGAGCGCAAAGGCGGGAUUGAUUGGAAAGAAGGCUGGGCAGUAAACCGCGGACGUCUUCCGCAUGUAGUCGUGCAGUAUCUACCCAAUGAGUGUGAUCUACUUUCCUAUUUUGUCCAUCAGGUGUUUAUUUGGUCGCGAACAAAUACUCCGGCGUCUUCAGUUCCCGCAAUGUGUGUUUUCUUCUCGUCUGGCGCCCUCAUCCAUGACGGACCGCCUGUCGACAAAGGUGGUCAUCCCCCAUCCGGUAGCGCCCGACUGUCCUAUCACGGGUAUACUCGAACAAUUAGAUGGUCCCACCUCGAGUCCAGGCCCGCGCAAGAUCACAUUGAUUCUCCAUGGGUCUAUGGGGCACAAGGACUAUCUGUUUCAACGACGCUUAGCGAAGAGACUUCCCCAAGACAACUUUAGAUUCGAUUUCCGGGGAAAUCAUGAAACUCCAGGGACGUGGAAGUACGGAAGUUUUGAGGAGGACGUGGACGACCUGAAGAUCGUGGUGGAGCAUCUGCGGCAAAUGGGUUAUGUUGUUUCAGCGCUUGUCGGUCAUUCCCGGGGCAGCAUCGUUGCGUUCCGGUGGCUCUGCACGGCACCCGAGGCGCGCCAUGUGACGGCUUUCGUGAAUGUAUCUGGGCGGUACCGCAUGCACAAGGUUCUCGACAGACCUGCCAUGAAAGUUUGGAAGGAUGGAUUCGAGAAGGAUGGGUACUUUGAUCUACAUGCCACGGUCGCAAGAAAGCCAUUCACGACACGCAUCACUGCGGCGGAGGUCGCGAAGUUCAUCGCCUGGGACUCCUCUUUGAUCUGGGACCGAUUCCCCACUCGAAUUCACGUUCUCACGCUCCAUGGGCUUUCUGAUGAAGUUGUACCUCCCUAUGACGCGCACAUCAUUGCCCGUGCUCUUGGUGGUCGCUCGCCCGGGACGCACACGCUGCAUAUGGUCGAAGACGCGGAUCACAACUUCUCGGGACGGCAAGACGAAGUUGUGGACUACAUUCUGCAGUGGUGGGGACUAUGCGAGCGCCAGGAGCUUGUGUCCUCGGGGGUAUGGAUGACUGGCGUCCGAGGCAAGCUGUAAUAUGGAUUGGUACAAGCUCAAACUCGAUCAUACGGGUGCUUUUAUUACGGGAUACGUAAUGUUGUAUGCCUUUCCGUGGUCUACAAGAAAAGAAGGGUUCAGAGUCCAAGAUGAACGUCAUUAAUGCUCCGUCCGUCCAAAUCGAGUGCCAAGACGGGUGAAGAGUGGGGUUGCGAGUGCGAAGCGGGUGAUUAG